AUGGGUUCAUCGCAGUCCUCCACCUCCUCCUCCAGCGACGGCAGCGCGCCCAAGAAGUCGCUCUACCAGCGCGCGCAGGAGAAGAAGCGCGGCCCCGGCACGAGCGGCCUCAGCGACGAGGACCUCAAGAAGUACACGGGCAAGACGCGGGCCGAGUUCGACGCCUGGAAGGAGACGACGCCCGGCGUGGGCAAGAACCAGCUCGCGGGCAAGCUGGCCGUGGGCCCGACGAGCGGGCUCGGCGGCGCGGCGACGGCGGGCGGGCUGGGCGGCUGGGGGCCCGGCGCGGAGCCGAACGACCCGAACCGCGGGAUGAAGUUUCCGCCGCAGCCGCUGCCGCGGAAGGAGAGCUUUGGAGAUGAGAGUGAGCAGGAGGAAGUGAAGAAGAAGGAGGUUAAGGUCACGAAGCUGACGGAUGGGUUGGCGAUGAGCUGA